AUAAUAGAAGAAGGCGACGUCGGGGAUAACAAUGUUUAUAUUGUUGCAACAGUUUGUUAUUUGUCUAUUUAUUAUCAUUAAUAAUGAGUUACAAGUUAUAAAUUAUAAAUUAUAACUGUAGUGGAGGUGACCUUGGUAUCCCCUCUCUGUUAUACGAGUACACUCUGGCGCCAUAUCGGUGCACUCUAUUCUCUUUACGUUCUGGUCUAUGUAAUAUAAGUGCGGUAAUGUACAGAUACGAAAGAUUAUAGAGUUGAGGUAGGGGUAUAUAUAUAUAAAGUGAAUGUGUGGGAGUACGUAUAGUCGCAACAGCUGUAGGUAUGUGUCUGUAAAAUAAGCAAAGAGAGAUAGGGAGUCGAGUUGGUGUGGGAAAAGUUCGAUUUAACUACACAGUGCACUGGUGUGUAUGUAGAAAAUUGUAGAUAGACAUUUAGCAUCGUAUACUUGGGCAGUCUUGUCACGUUCGGUGUGCGUAGAUGUGCCAGCUGUGCUGUUGGAACUGUCUUUGAGAAUUAUUUAAACCAAGUUUUAAUUAAAAUAGUCGUAUAGUUGCAAUAAUAAUGUCGGCACCUAACUCGCCUAAAAAACGCGGAAAAAGGAAGUCAUUUUUUUGCAAAUUAACGCGGGCAUUUAGCAAAAAGACAAGUAAAUCGGGUGAUGAGUCUUCGGACAGUGAUGAAUACAAAGCAAUGUCUAAUGACAGCACACCUGGUACUAGUCCCAAGGGAUCGCCGGUAAAAAAAAACUUAGCUGGACCACUGACAGGCGGUAAACAGCCGGCUGAUAAGGUGAGUGCUGUUGCUGAUGGCUGGCACGGAGAUAAAGUUUCAAAACAAUCGGAGAAUUUGAAUGAUACAAAAUCUGGUGAUAACAGUAAUUUCGUUGAACAAAUUGCAAGCCUCAAUAAAAAUAUUGUUGGAUUAUUGGAUCAGGAUGACACGCCCUCGAGGCCAGCCCGUAACAACCAAGGAUUCAAAGCUGACGGUGAAUCUGGAUCUGACAGAUAUUUGGAUUUGAAGAAAAAUUUUAUUGAAAAUUCUCCAAGCAUGGAGUUUAAAAAAACCCAAGUUGUUAUGAAAAAUAACGAGGUCUCUGUGGGAAAUAAAAUACCAGAGAGUAAGGGCACUGAUGUGGUUUCCCAAGAAGAAAUUAAAAAUAUUAUUGACGCAUCCAAGCAAGAGAAUGUCAAUGUGACUAAAAGUUUAUUGAUUAAAGAAAGACCUAAAGAACAUUGCAAUUCUGAUAGUGAUGAAUCUGACAGCUCUCAUUACCCGAGCGACGAGGAAGGAUCUGACAGCGAACCAGAAAAAAUAAAUAUCAAAGAUUUGUACUUCACUACGGGAAAAUAUAUAACGUACUUUUUUCUGGAGAUGGAGCGGAAGUGGUACAAUCCAAAGGAAGAAACAUAUGCCUACAUACAUUACAAUUGUCCUAACAGAAAUUCAGUGAAACAUCACCACAGAGGUGAUCAAUCAUCAUCUGACUCGGCCUCGCCGUCGAUUUCCACGCAGAUGAAACACAAGCUGCUGCACAGAAGAUCAGCAGACAACCUGAUGAUCAAUGCCUUGGCAAAUUCUGCUCAACAUUCUAGUCCAGACUCUAUAAAAAGUGUUCCUAUACAUCUCAAGCCGCGUUCGACGUCUCACGAUGCCCUGCCUAGAAAGCAAGAACGUCAAGGUAUACAAACAGAUGGUGCGUCGAUGGAUAAUUUGGCUAAACAAUCUCUGCUGGCUGCACAAGUUCUUAAUUUGAUGCCAACCCAAAAGGCGAGAGAGCGGAACUAUUUGCAUGGGCGCGUUGCUGCCAAUUCGCUGCUGGGUCCAGCUGAGCUUGAGAAGGUGCUGCCUAAUCGUGAGAUUAAAAUUUUCAUUGGGACGUGGAAUAUGAAUGGUCGGGCGCCACCGAAGCAGCUGAAUGACCUCAUGCUGCCAUCGGAGAUCCAGACGAUUCCAGACAUUCUGGCUAUUGGAACCCAGGAGUCUUAUUCAGAGCGCAGUGAAUGGGAAGCUGCGCUCCAAGAAACUCUGGGACCAUCUCACGUCCUGCUAACCAGCGCGAGUCUUGGCACACUUCAUCUGGCCUUAUUUAUUAGACGUGACCUAAUUUGGUUUUGUUCCGUGCCAGAAGAAGACAGUUUUUCCACCCGACCUGGCACCGCAUUUCGGACCAAAGGAGCUGUUGCACUAGCUGUCAUGCUAUUUGGUACGAGCUUUCUUUUCGUAACUGCGCAUCUCACAGCUCAUCAGGACAAAGUUAAAGAGCGUGUCAGCGACAUCAAGCGAAUCGUAAGAAACCUAGAUUUGCCCAAAGACUUGCCUACAAAACAUAAAAAUAAAGAUGUGACACAGAACUUUGACUGUGUCUUCUGGUGUGGAGAUUUAAAUUUCCGUUUGGCGCAGCCGCGGGAGGAAGUUAUCCAAUGGGUGACUAACACAUGUUUCCCGCAUCCUUCGGCAGUAUCUCUAUCGAAAGAUCAACUUCACAAUGUUCUAAAUGAUGGGUCAGUUCUUCGUGGGUUUGAAGAGGCGCCGAUAACUUUUCCCCCGACCUACAAGUACGAUCCGGGAACACAAACAUUCGAUUCGAGUAGCAAACAGCGGGCGCCUGCGUACACCGAUCGGAUUCUCUAUAAAGGAAAGGGUCAUACACGUGGAUACAUUAGACGAGUUAGCCAGGACAAUACACAUUCAAAUAAGGAUGGAAAUAUUGAGUGUCUUGUUUACGAUUCCGUGCCUAGUAUUUGUACAUCUGAUCACAAACCGGUUUGGGGUGUAUUCAAAACAACCGUACGACCGGGAAUUGAUACGAUUCCUUUGGCUGCUGGUUUAUUCAAUCGGGAAAUUUAUCUCGAAGGAAUAAAGCGUCGGGUUGCCGCAAUGGACGAGGACUCUGGCACUUCGACAGUCUGUUCGCUGCAAUAGAAAAAAUAUAUUAUUUAUUUAUUUAUUUAUUUUAAUUAACUCAGGAUUAAUUAAGUUGAUUAAUUUAAUUAAUUUAAUGCUUGCAAUAUGGAAAAUCUCACGAUUAAAAUAGAAAAUAUUUUUUUGAUACUUAGUUGGUUAGGGAUCCGCUGACAUUCAAAUCUAGUCUAUAUAUUAAGUAUUUUUAUUAGUAUUCUGCAUAUUCCUUUAUAAAUAUAUUUAAUGUUAACGGGAAUUGAACUUUCAUUUUUAAAAGUUCACGUUCUAAAUUUUUUUUUCUCUUCGUGGAAAGUUUUGUACAUAUUAUGUUUAAAUUUAUUAAUUACUAUCGAUCAAAUAUUGUAAUGCACAUUUUAUUGACACAAAUUAGGAGUUGAUUUAAAAAUAAUAACAAUAAAUGAAACGGGACAAUAAUACCGAAAAAAGGGCGGCAAGCUUCGUAUUAUUUAAAUAAAUUAUAAAAACUUAACAAUCACGGACUAUAAGUAAAAUAAAUAACGUCCAAGAAUAUUUAACAGUUUAAGUCUUUUGUAAAUUUUUAUUAAUUAUUUUACUUCGGGACCAGAUUUAUGAGACCUAAUUGUAAUCUGGCUGUAAAAAUUAUCAUUAUCAAUUAAACAAUUGUUAUCAAUUAUUACGCACUUUAAACAAAUAAGACGAAGGGGUUUCAUUUAUAAAUAUCAGUGCCAUUAUUCCUGGUACUGCAACUAAUUACUUAUCCGAGCUACUAAAUACUCUAUUGAUAAAUUAUUAGAUUAAUUAUUAAAUAACGCUAAUUAAUGCCGGGUUAAAUUGACCUCAGUACAUAGACAUACUUUUGCCAACCUGUUGUACAGGAAAUAUAAUAUUUAAAAGUUAUAUUUUUAACAAAUAAAAUCAAUAGCUAUUUGAUAAAUUAUCUCAAUUGCGUUGUUAAUUAAAUAUUAAUAGAUCAAGCUAAUUAUUAGAUCUGUCGUUAGAAUUUGAAAGCAGGAAGAACGGAUAUUUAUUACAUAGAUCCUCCAGAAAAUCAGGACGUCCGGAAAUCUGGAGAACCAGGAUCUGCAUGAUCGGGAUCUAUGUAAUAGAAAUCUGCCUAGCAAGAGGAGUAGUUUUGAGACUCUAUUACAAUUUGAGUCUGCCUUAAUAUGCCUUAUUCACAAUUGUUAUAUAUGUGAAUUAAAUUUCAUUCUCGACUGUUGAUGCUCCUUAGAAAAUUUAAUUACAAUCUAUUUUAAAAUCUCACUAUAAAUAUAUCUUAUCAUGAUUAUGAUUAUGAUGAUUCAAGUUAUCUUUGUUUGUAAUCGGAUUUAUUUAAAUAAAAUAAAUAUAAAGCAAAGCCAAAAUACAAGACUCGAAAAUAAAUAAAGUACAGGUACGUGUUUUGAGGGCACGUGCGCUUUAAAGACUGGAUUAAAUUUUUCAAACACUCCUCUACGCUGUGAUAAAUAAAUGAUUUAUUGUCAUCUACGUUGGGUGGUCAGUGUCAAGUACUUUUGGGUAAAUAGAAUAUAAGGAGCAGCAUUGGACAAACUUUGAAACGCUUGAGCUUUAAAUUAUGUUAUGUAUUAAUUUAAAUAUAAUUAUUAUUAUUAUGAUUAUAUUAAUUAUUUUACGACGUACAGAGAGCACAAGUUGUUGCGAAUAUAGAUAGUACUUAGAUUGUUUAUGAUCAAACGAUUAUUUCGAAGCAGAAAAGUGUAAGAUUUAUGAUUAUACGAUUUUAAUUAUAUUAAUUGUAUAGUCGAGAAUUCCAGUGUAAUAGAGUAUUUGUAAUGACAAAGAAGAAAUAUUUAUAAUAAAAUAGUCCAAAUGGUUA